AGAGCCGAAGAUGUCGGUUCGGUCAUGUGAUCAGCUGUGUCCAAUCACAGCUGAUCACAUGGCACUGAUAAUCAGUGUAGCCUCAGCAGUGCCACCUGUCAGUGCCCAUCAGUGCCACAUCAAUGCCACAUAUCAGUGCCCAUCUGAGCUGCCUUUCAGUGCCACCUAUCAAUGCCAGUCAGUGCUGCCUAUCAGUGCCAGUCAGUGCUGCCUAUCAGUGCCAGUCAGUGCCGCCUAACAGUGCCAGUCAGUGCUGCCUAUCAGUGCCACCUAUCAGUGCCAUAUAUGAGUGCUGCCUUUCAGUGCCCAUCAGUGAUGCCUGUCAAUGCCGAUCAGUGCCACCUACCAGUGCCUCCUCAUCAGUGCCAUCUAUCAGUGUCCAUCAGUGCAGCCUAUCAGUGCCCAUCACUGCAGCCUCAUUAGCGCACAUCAGU